GAAUUUCAAUAUGACUAGAAGCAUCCGGCUUUGGGUCAGAUUAGAAUUCGAGACAAAAAAGCGUUUCAUUAAUGUUGUACUAAAUACAACUUGUACGAUUUCCAUAGCAUAUGCCCACUGAGGAGGAAUAGAAAUAUAAACGAUUUAUUUUCCCAGUCAUAAUGUAAACUCAAACCUUCCAAAUCCUUAAAGAUAUUUUUGUUUGCUCAGCGACGCCAGCCAUGCUUGCAAUGUUUAGGAAAGACAACUCUUAAUCAUUCUCUGAUUCACCUUUUUAACGCGAUGAGCGGUCUGAAAUCACUGACGGUGCUGGUCGUUGUGGUGGCUAUUCUAGUGUAUCUUUAUAAAACCUUCAUCCAAAAACCACUUCCGGUUCUGUUUGAUGGAAGAUUUCAUCCAGAUUUUCAGGAAGUUGCAGAUAUCUACAAAGAGAAUCUGAGGAAUGGAGAAGAAGUGGGGUCCUCUUUCGCCGCUCAUUACGAGGGAGAGCCACUAGUGGACAUCUGGGGAGGAUAUGCUGAUGUGGACACAAGACGACCCUGGACAAAGGACACACUGUCCAUCAUAUUCUCCGCCACUAAAGGAGUGACGGCGAUACUGGCAGCACUGUUUGUGGACAGAGGCUGGCUGGAUUACAGUAAGCCCGUUGCCCACUACUGGCCGAAGUUCGGACAAAAUGGGAAGGACAACAUUACAGUGGCCCUCCUUCUAAGUCACCAGGGAGGCCUUUCAAUUACCAAUGGAACAAUACCUAUGGAGUGGAUUAAUGAGAAACCAGAAAAAGUUUGGGAGUUUCUGGAGAAACAGAAACCAUACUGGCCGCCAGGUACUGGCUACUCGUACCAUGGCAUAACAUUCGGGUUGUUCGUGGACGCUUUGCUUACAAAGGCGGAUCCCAAACACAGAAGAGUGGACAAAAUAUUUAAAGAAGAAAUAGGCGAUAAAUUUGGUAUUGAGUUGUACAACGGUAUUCCGAACUCCCUCUUUCACAGAGUCGCGAGACACGAGUCCCACCCAUUACACGUGUCUCUGUGGAAAAUGAUAUCCAAUCUAGACACGGACGCACUAACCAUGAUGUAUGCUCUGGCUUCCAGCAAUUCUGUUUUGGCGAAAAUGGGGGCUUCUGGAACAGAUAAACUUCCUUCGGACCUAUCACUGAACACACCUGAAUACAAUAAAAUCCCCCAGUCUUCAUAUAACGGACACAGCAACGCCAGAAACCUUGCGAAGCUGUAUGGAAUUAUCGCCAAUGGCGGGAAAACAAAGGAGGGGGUUCUACUGACAGAAAAGACCAUAGAAAUGCUGAAACAACCCCUAACUAGCGGAACUAGCCUGGAUGGGGUGAUAAACGUCAAUUUUGGUUAUGGAGUAGGAGUCAUCAAAGACGAAAAGGGGAAUGCGGUAUUUGGUCAUGAUGGUGCUGGAGGUCAGACCGCAUUCGCCGACACGGCCCGGAAGUCCGGCUUUGGUUACGUCACAGCUCGUCUGAAGAAUAUGUCAGUCAAACGUGACAAACAGUUUCAACAGUAUUUAGCCGCUUAUUAUCGCUGUCUGGAGAAGUACUUACAGAAGAGGCAGAAAACCUAACAAAAGCCCAUACUUAGAUUAUUCAAAUUCAUAUUGAGUCAUGGAUUUUUAAGCCUUAAAUGUUGGACUAGUGUACGUGUAGUUGUAUUGUACAUGUAACUAAUCGAAUACUGGCAAACCUCGUGAAAUACGAGAAAAGGCGAGGACUACGUUAUCCACCCAUUCUAUUAAUUCAAAAUCUGUAUCAGAAUUUUCAUUUUUAUUUCAACAGCAUGCCGGUAAUCAAAAUGUCUUCGUAUAACUUUACAAUGUCAUAUAAAUCAAAAACGGGAAGGAAAUAAAAUUAAAGUAGAAUUACAAAGUGGCGCGACAACGAAGAACACUGCGCAUGUGGCAAAAGACGUAAUGGAUACUUACGAUGAACUGAUCAUUCAAUAAGAAGACAUGUAUUGUUAUGCUGUUCUGUAAUUACUUCACCUGUUAUUAUUAAUAAUGAGUCAAAGGUGAAUUAAAUAAAUUAAAUAUUUUAA